CGCCACUCAUUUGGUACCGCUGUCUCGCCUCCAGAUCGAAUUUACCAUGUCCGUGCAAUUUAACGUCUAUGGGAUUCAUGGCAAACAUAUCAGACCUCUUGAUAGGCUUUCGGCACGCACGUUGCUGUCAAAGGUUAAGGGGUAUUGACGGGGUCAUCAUGGGUUUAGGAUUUGUCCCAUGUCACACACUUGAAAAGGGGUAAGAUCGUCCCAAGGACACCUGUCACUCCCACCUCCUCCCGUUUUCUUGAUGCCGGACAAUCGCCAGUAAGGGCUCACUGAUCAUGUCUUGACCACACUCAGACAAACAGACCCAACCAGAUCAGGAAGGCGAGGGAUGUCAAAUGGCAAUUAUCCAGGAAUAUCAAAGGGACGAUUAGCGAGGCAUGCUACCUAUCAAAGCGAAUCCCCCAUAUGAUCAGACCUCCACGCUGGGAAGUCCGCUAUGACCCGACGAAGACUGGGAAUCCAAUUCAUCGUCGAGGGUUAUUCUUCGUGAAUGAUCGAGAUGGGACUGUCUUUCCAUCAACCGCCUCCUUGCUGGUGACAGAUACAGUGAUUGACCUUGGAUAAUUUGAGCCGGUCAAAAAUACGAGGCCGAGCAAGCACGGUCGUUCUCGCCUCCACCGACGGGGCCUUCAGACCUGUUGACAUGCUGUCAAUGGAGCAUGCAGGCUCAAAUGAGCCAUUGUGGCUAAUGACAGGAGCUCUGUCCCUUACUUACAAUCGAUACAGACGCUUGAUCAGCUCCCUUCAUAAGGUGAAUGCCUGCCACGAUAUGAAGUCUUGGUAUCUGUGUCUCUAUCCAGCUUGUUCACACAAUUUCUCCUAUUCUUGGUUGUGCAUCUGCCAACAUGGCCAACAUGGAGGAGUACAGACCACUUGCAAAUCAUGAUGACCAACAUCCGGAGGUGGAAGGUGAAGACAUCGACUUAUCCUAUGUCGAUCUCGAAAAGAUGCCAGAGGAGGCAAGGCCGAGAUGGUAUCAAGUCCCAAUGAGGCGUCUCUCGGCGGAAUGGACGACACCAUCUAAAUGGGAGCCAGCCGACAUCAAAGCACUUCUAUUCGUCAUCCUCUCAUAUAUCAUAACAGUCUUACCUCGCUUUGUGCAACCUGGUGGUAUGCGGCACAAAAGCGAACUGCACCCAACCGCUUACCUUGACGCCAUGAGGGGUUGGGCAGCUAUAUCUGUGGCUCGAUAUCAUACAUUUGCCAACAAGACACCGUUCCUCGAAUACCCGGUCAUCCGCAUGAUUCUCAACGGUCGAGCGAUGGUCGACAUCUUCUUCAUCAUCUCAGGCUACGUCCUCAGUUAUCGACUGCUCAAGAUGAUCCGGAAUCAGCAGACAGGCUUACUCAAAGCUCUUGCGUCCUCCACCUUCAGAAGAUGGUGGCGACUAUACAUCUCAACCGGAGUGGCUUCAUUGGUCACCGCAAUCAUGACCUACUGGGGAUGGUGUCACCCAGCGCCCCAACAAAGCACUUUCCUCCUUCAAAUGUGGGAUUGGCUCUGGGACUUUGGCGCGUCGAGCAACCCCUUUGGCGACAUCAAAGGCUUCUGGUACGGGAACGUCUUCCGCACACAUUACUUGGAUCAGAUGUGGACCAUUCCUGUCGAGUUCAGAGGAAGCAUGGCUGUUUUCUGGUUCGUUGCUGCCGCUUGUUACAUGGCAACGCUCGGCCGCAGGAUCUUUGCUUGCGUCGUGAUCGGCCUGUGCUACUGGUGGGGUAUCAUCUAUGUAGCGUUGUUCCUAUACGGCAUGUUGAUCGCCGACUAUCAAUUCGACCGUCAUCCGGAGCGACUGCAAAAGAUUCGACUUCCUCAACAAGAGCCAGAUUCAGAGGAGUCGGAGAAGCCGAAGACCAAGAAGUACUUUGUCCUGAACAUAAUCGGCUGCGUCUUACUUGUCAUCGUCGGUAUGUUUUUGAUGGGUCAGCCACCGCCGUUUGAUGGCCAUUACAACAUGCGACAUUGGCCCUGGCAGUAUAUGGAGUCCUUCAUCCCCUACUGGUACGUCGUCGAGCUGGGCGAACACUUCUGGCUAGGUAUCGGCGCUGCCAUCUUCGUCUUCGCCGUGGACAAUUGUCGACCCCUGCAGAUUCCCUUCGAAUGGGGUUUCUCUCAAUAUCUAGGCGACAUAUCCUUUGGCGUCUAUGCUAUGCACAACACUAUCAACUGGGUUUUGUAUAUCCCCAUUGUCCAGCCCUGGUGCCAGCAGCAUUUCGGCGAUAGCUACUGGUCAGGCGCUCCUGGCGAGUUGUUCACUUCUUUGGUGAUCGUUUGGGCAGCAGACUACUUUACCAGGAUCGAUGAAUGGGUCGUAUGGACCGGCAAGUGGUUGGAGUCCAAGACCUUCAUCAAGUGGGAUGAGUGAUUGGAAAAACACCAUCUCGGGGCUGUACUAUAUUGGGAGAUGCCCCAUGAUCCUUUGCACUCAAUGAUGAGUUGUCUUUUUUGCAAGCGUUUGGCAGGGUGUUCUUGACGCUUUUCGUUUCUGCUGGAACUAGAUUCUUGAAACAAUUGGAUGUUUAUACGACGGACAGGCAUAGCCCAUGAUUCUGAUAUCAUUAAGUUGCAAAGAGAUUGAACUGAAGCAGCCUACUUCUACAAAAUGUCGGUUUUCUAAAGAUGCAAUUCCACAAUUCCGGCAUAUCACUGGAAGCGGUUUCCAGGAUAGCAACAUAACGAGGCAGGAGCACCCGCGAUGAGAAACAGGCUACUUUCCUCGCGACGAUUUACGAUUCAAGCUUCCUUCAUUUUCACCUGUUUUCAUUCACACUCAAAUCUUUCGCCUUCACAUCAUCCGCGAUCAUCUUACUUCUUUGAUUUAGCACCGCAUAUUCAUCACAUGUAUAUAC